UUCGAACAAAAGCAUUCCAUCCUCACCCUGAGCCAUACAUCUGCUCCUCAAGAGCUCAUCAAGAUUGACAAGCUAGCUGAUCAUCAGGGCCUAACUGAAAAGCCUGGCCAUGGCGAUUUCCUCCCGUUUUCUGGCUCCUUGCUCUGUCCUCAUGGCGACUCUGAUGCUGCUCAUCGUCCAGGCACAAAGCAUCACUAGGCACUACGAUUUCAAUGUGCAAAUGGCGAACGUGACGAGGCUGUGCGCCAGCAAGAGCGUUGUGACGGUGAACGGGGAGUACCCCGGCCCGACGCUGGUGGCGAGGGAGGGCGACCGCGUGCUCGUCCGCGUCACCAACCGCGUAGCGCACAACAUGACGCUGCACUGGCACGGCAUCCGGCAGCUGCGGAGCGGCUGGGCCGACGGGCCGGCGUACGUUACGCAGUGCCCGAUUCAGACGGGCCAGAGCUACGUCUACAACUUCACCGUCGCCGGGCAGCGCGGCACGCUGUGGUGGCACGCGCACAUCUCCUGGCUACGCGCCACCGUAUACGGCGCCAUCGUCAUCCUCCCCAAGCUCGGCGUGCCUUACCCGUUCGUUGCGCCGCACAAGGAAGUUCCUCUUCUCUUCGGCGAGUGGUGGAGGGCGGACACAGAGGCGGUGGUCAGCCAGGCGCUCCGGACGGGCGGCGCCCCAAACAUCUCAGAUGCUUUCACCAUCAAUGGCCUUCCUGGGCCGCUAUACAACUGCUCCGCUAAAGACACGUUCAAACUGAAGGUGAAACCUGGAAAAACAUACAUGUUGCGCCUCAUCAACGCUGCUCUUAACGACGAGCUCUUCUUCUCCGUCGCCAACCACACGAUCACCAUCGUCGAGGUCGACGCAGUCUACGUCAAACCAUUCACAGUCAAGACCCUGAUAAUCUCUCCGGGCCAGACCACCAACGUGCUCCUCACAGCCAAGCCGUUCUAUCCCAAGGCUAACUUCUACAUGUCCGCCGCGCCAUACUCCGUCAUCAGGCCUGGUACGUUCGACAGCACCACGGUCGCCGGCAUACUCGAGUACCACAACCCUCGCUCCGCCUCCGAGUCAAGCUUCGACAAGGACCUGCCACUCUUCAGGCCGACUAUGCCGAGGUUCAACGACACGGGCCUGGUCACCAACUUCACCUCCAAGCUCCGGAGCCUUGCCACACCGCAGUACCCGGCCGCCGUGCCACAGUCGGUGGACAAGCGGUUCUUCUUCACGGUCGGCUUGGGCACACGCCCUUGCCCCGUGAAUGCGACGUGCCAGGGGCCUACCAACACCACGCAGUUUGCGGCGGCCAUCAACAACAUCUCCCUGGUGCUUCCUUCCACAGCGCUCCUACAGUCGCACUUCUCACAGGCGUGUCUCGGGGGUGGUCUAUGGUCGAACUUCCGACCGCCCCUUCUCGCAUUCUCGCAAUUCAACUACACUGGGGUAUCGCCGAACAACACGAACGUGGCCACCGGGACCAAGUUGCUCGUGCUGCCAUUCAACGCCACGGUGGAGCUGGUGAUGCAGGACACGAGCAUCCUUGGCAUCGAGAGCCACCCUCUGCACCUUCACGGCUUCAAUUUCUUUGUCGUGGGGCAAGGCUUUGGCAACUACGACCCUGUGAAUGACCCAACGAGGUUUAACCUCGUCGACCCCGUCGAGCGAAACACCGUUGGCGUGCCAGCUGGUGGAUGGGUGGCCAUACGUUUUCUCGCCGACAACCCAGGUGUAUGGUUCAUGCAUUGCCAUUUGGAGGUGCACACAACUUGGGGACUACGAAUGGCAUGGCUGGUGCAAGACGGGAGCCUACCGAACCAGAAGCUGCUCCCCCCGCCAUCCGAUCUUCCCAAAUGCUAGUCGGAGAGGAUCAAAUUAAGUUGUUGAUUUUUUUCCCUCAUUUAUCGGUGUGCUAACUUGCAAUUGAUUUCUCCUUCAGAAGGUUUUUGUGUAUUUAGUCAGUGCGCUGGUCUUGUAAUUUUCUUGUAUCUUUAAUAUAUUUUUAUAUAGUUUGUAGCGACAAUGUUUUGACUCUUCUCGAAUAAACAAUGAUGUCAACUGAAUGUCCAAAUCCUAGCAUAUGGCAUAUUGUAUAA